UCAUCAGUUAGUUCGUGGUCAUCCUUCCCCCAAGAAAGGUUCUGCCAAAUACGACUUCUUAACUGCACACAAAGUUAAGUUAGUUGUUUGUCGGCUUUGUUGAUGACACUUUGUCGUAUUUACUUGCAACUGUCAAAUUUCUCAAGUUUGAUAAGUACAGAGAACGACGGUUCGGAAUUUUUUGUGUAGUACAAAAAUUAUCAGCUGCAAAAUUCAUUCCUCAUUGAGUGACUGACUGACGUUUUUUUUCGGGUUGGAUUAGAAGAAUAAUAAUCAUAUAUCUUCCAGUUUUAAUAAAUUUGUACAAAAAAGUGCCAAUUUGUUUAUGGUGGUGGUGGUGUUGAUUAAAUGACAAGUUGUGGAUAAUUCAUAUCAAAGUUUGUUUAAGGAUAAUUUUAGUCGUAUUUUGUGAAAAUGAGUGCCGGAGGGCGAGGCGGUGGUCCAAGUGGGGAUGAUAACACAUUGGACAAAAAUGACCCUGACUUCAAGUACCUCAUUGUCGACCGGAAUAUCAUCAAUGAUCCGGCAUCGCAGGCAGAAUGGACGCAGAAACGACUGGUGUGGGUGCCAAAUGAGGCGUAUGGAUUCGUUCCGGCUUCCAUUAAGAUGGAGAAGGGCGAAUCUGUCGAGGUGGAGAUGGUCGAUACGUCCAAGAGGAUGGUCGUAAAUAAGGACGAUAUUCAAAAGAUGAAUCCGCCCAGAUUCGACAAGGUUGAAGACAUGGCAGAUCUCACCUGUCUUAAUGAAGCUUCCGUCCUCCAUAACUUGAAAGAUAGAUACUACUCUGGGCUUAUUUACACUUAUUCCGGCCUAUUUUGCGUGGUUGUAAAUCCCUACAAACGUCUUCCAAUUUAUACGGAGAAAAUAAUGGAGUUGUACAAAGGGAAAAAGCGAUACGAUGUCCCACCUCAUGUCUUUGCCAUUACUGACUCAGCCUACCGGUCAAUGCUCCAAGAGCGAGAAGACCAGUCCAUUUUAUGUACUGGAGAAUCUGGUGCGGGUAAAACGGAAAACACAAAGAAAGUUAUCCAAUACUUGGCCUACGUAGCUGCCAGUAAACCACGCGGAACUGGGAUUCAUCAUUCCACGGUGGUGCCCACUUUCAAUAUAGGAGAACUAGAGCAACAACUUCUUCAAGCAAAUCCAAUUCUGGAGGCGUUUGGAAAUGCCAAGACUGUAAAAAAUGACAAUUCUUCCAGAUUUGGUAAAUUCAUACGGAUAAACUUUGACACUAUUGGCUACAUUGCGGGAGCCAAUAUCGAAACGUACCUUCUUGAGAAAUCUAGAGCAAUAAGACAAGCAAAGGAUGAGAGAAGUUUCCACAUAUUCUACCAACUACUGGCCGGUGCAACUGAUGCUCAAAGAAAGGAGUUCGUAAUAGAGCCAGCCGGCAACUACACAUUCCUUACCAAUGGAGGCCUCCCUGUCCCCGGUGUUGAUGACGUGGUAGAAUUUCAGGCGACCGUUCAAUCAAUGGAAAUCAUGGGCAUGGCCCCGGAUGAUUUUGCUUCUAUAUUUCGUGUCAUUUCGGCCGUUCUUCACUUUGGAAAUAUGGAAUUCAAGCAAGAAAGAAAUUCGGACCAGGCUAUUCUUCCUGACAAUACCGUUGCCCAAAAAGUUGCACACUUAUUGGGUCUCAAUGUCUCUGAAAUGAUUAAAGCGUUCUUAAAACCAAGAAUAAAGGUUGGAAGGGACCAUGUAACGAAAGCUCAAACUAAGGAACAAGUAGAAUUCGCUGUCGAAGCCAUUGGAAAAGCUACGUACGAGAGACUCUUCAGAUGGCUGGUGAACAGAAUCAACAGGUCGUUGGACAGGACGAAGAGACAAGGGGCUUCAUUUAUCGGUAUUCUGGAUAUUGCUGGUUUCGAAAUCUUUGAGCUCAACUCGUUCGAACAAUUGUGCAUCAACUACACAAAUGAAAAGCUACAACAGUUGUUCAACCACACCAUGUUCGUUCUGGAACAAGAAGAAUACCAAAAGGAAGGAAUCGAUUGGAAGUUUAUUGAUUUUGGUCUUGAUCUUCAACCAACUAUUGACUUGAUUGAAAAACCUAUGGGUAUUCUUGCCCUUCUUGAUGAAGAGUGCUGGUUCCCAAAAGCUACGGAUAAGUCAUUUGUGGAAAAAUUAUUGUCCGCACAUACCCAACAUACCAAGUUUUUCAAGACCGACUUCCGAGGACAGGCUGACUUUGCUGUCCUACAUUAUGCUGGAAAAGUUGACUAUUCUGCCGCUCAGUGGUUGAUGAAGAACAUGGACCCUCUAAAUGAAAAUGUUGUCCAACUCGUUCAAAACAGUUUGGAUCCAUUUGUGGUUACAAUCUGGAAGGAUGGUACUGAAAUUGUGGGAAUGGCACAACAAGCAAUGUCUGACACUCAAUUCGGAGCCAGGACACGAAAGGGAAUGUUCAGAACUGUUUCACAGUUAUACAAAGAACAAUUGUCAAAAUUAAUGGCAACACUGAAAAACACAAACCCCAACUUUGUGAGAUGUAUAAUUCCCAAUCAUGAGAAGAGGUCUGGAAAAAUUGAUGCUCCAUUAGUUUUGGACCAACUGAGGUGCAAUGGUGUCCUGGAAGGAAUUCGAAUUUGCAGACAGGGAUUCCCCAACAGAAUUCCAUUCCAAGAGUUCCGACAGCGCUACGAGUUACUCACGCCAAAUGUGAUUCCCAAAGGAUUUAUGGAUGGCAAGAAAGCUUGCGAAAAAAUGAUUAACGCAUUGGAGUUGGAUAGCAACCUUUACAGAAUUGGUCAAUCCAAGAUCUUCCUUCGUGCUGGAGUGUUGGCUCACUUGGAGGAAGAAAGAGACUUGAAAAUCACCGAUUUAAUUGUCAACUUCCAAGCAUUUUGUCGUGGGAUGCUCGCUCGUCGAAUGUAUUCUCGUCGAGUGCAACAGCUCAAUGCCAUCAGAAUUAUCCAAAGAAAUUGCUCUGCUUACUUAAAAUUGCGCAAUUGGCAAUGGUGGCGACUGUAUACGAAAGUGAAACCACUUCUCCAAGUUACAAAACAGGACGAAAAACUAAUUCAGAAAGAGGACGAGCUCAAACAAUUAAAGAACAAAUUGGAAUCUACUGUGAGAGUUACCUCCGAAAUUGAACAGAAGCUUACCCAAGCGAUAGAGGAGAAAGGAAUGCUGGCUGAACAGUUACAAGCGGAAACAGAAUUAUGUGCUGAAGCUGAAGAAAUGCGGGCUCGGUUAGCAUUAAAAAAGCAAGAACUGGAGGAAAUCCUUCACGAUAUGGAAGCGCGUAUCGAAGAGGAGGAAGAACGCGUAGUUUCCCUCAAUCAAGAAAAGAAAAAGCUCCAACUGAACAUCCAGGAUUUGGAGGAACAAUUAGAAGAAGAAGAAGCUGCAAGACAAAAGCUCCAAUUGGAGAAAGUGCAAGGAGAUGCCAAGAUCAAGAAAAUGGAAGAAGACUUGGUCAUUUCUGAAGAUAGCAACACCAAGUUGGUUAAAGACAAGAAAAUAAUGGAGGAGAAAAAUAAUGAUUUGAGCCAAGCGUUGGCUGAAGAAGAAGAAAAGAGCAAACACUUGGCAAAGCUGAAAACCAAGCAUGAAGCAACAAUUGCUGAUAUUGAAGAGCGACUUAAAAAAGAACAACACGCUAGACAAGAAAAUGAUCGGCUGAAACGUAAAAUGGAAUCGGAACUUCAAGACAUCAAAGAGCAAAUUAACGAGAAGCGCCUUCAAGUUGAAGAAUUUCAACUCAAUUUGGCCAAGAAAGACGAAGAAGUAAGCCAACUCUUGACAAAAAUUGAUGAAGAGUCAGCAGCCAAAGCAACAGCUCAGAAAUCCUUGCGAGAACUAGAGUCUCAACUUUUGGAAUUGCAAGAGGACUUGGAGGCUGAAAAGGCUGCGAGAAAUAAGGCAGAAAAGAACAAGAGAGAUUUAAGCGAAGAGUUGGAGGCACUUAAGAACGAAUUGUUGGACAGUUUGGACACUACCGCAGCACAGCACGAGCUUCGAGCCAAACGAGAACAAGAGUUGGCCGCUCUCAAGAAAAGCUUAGAGGAAGAAACAGUGUCGCAUGAACAAGGUGUCACUGAAUUACGACACAAACAUGUCCAGGAGGUACAGGAUCUUAUGGAACAAUUGGACGGUCUGAAGAAGACUCGUGUAAAUCUUGAAAAGCUGAAGGGUACUUUGGAAUCUGAAAAUGUUGACUUGGCGAAUGAGCUCAAGAAUCUGCAAGGGGCCAAGACAGAGAAUGAAAGAAAACGGAAGGUUCAGGAAAGUCAGAUUCAGGAACUUCAAUUGAAACUGGCUGAAAGUGAACGAGCCCGAGCUGAACUCUCCGAGAAGCUGGCCAAAGUUACAAGUGAACUCGAAGCUGCCUUCAUUCAACUGGAACAAGCAGACUCCAAGGCUUCUCAAGCUGGUAAAAAUUCUGCCGCUAUUGAAACCCAAAUGGUCGAAAUUCAAGGUUCCUUGGAAGAAGAGACACGACAAAAGUUGGCCCUUAGUGCAAAAAUGCGUCAACUAGAAUCAGAGAAGGAGCAGAUAAUUGAGCAAUUAGAAGAAGAGGAAGAAGCCAAGAAAAAUAUGGAGAAAGCAAUGACCAGCCUGAGUCAAUCCGUUGCCGACUUGAAGAAGAAGGCAGAAGACGACUUAGAAACAAUAACCACACUGGAAAACAGUCAAAAGAAAGUACUUAAAGACAUGGAACUUAUUAAAAGUCAAAACGAGGAACUGAUGGCCAAUUGUGACAAACUUGAAAAGUCUCGAAAGAAACUUCAACAAGAACUUGAAGAUGUUGGCAUUGAUUUAGAAACACAACGAAGCAAAGUCAUCGAAUUAGAAAAGAAGCAGAGGAAUUUUGACAAGAUCCUCGUCGAAGAGAAAAUUAUUAGCGAAAGAUUCUCCCAAGAAAAGGAUCAAGCGGAACGCGAAGCUCGAGAAAAAGAAACUAAAUUGCUUUCCCUCAAUCGUGAAUUGGAGGAGAAGGAUGCCCAAAUCGAGGAGCUGGAAAGGCUAAAGCGUCAACUACAGAACGAACUCGAUGAGUUGGCAAAUUCUCAGGGCACCGCUGACAAGAAUGUUCACGACCUCGAGAAACAAAAACGUGCUCUCGAGUCCCAACUGUCUGAACAAAAGACACAAAUCGAAGAACUCGAGGACGAAUUGCAGUUGACGGAGGACGCCAAACUUAGACUCGAAGUCAACAUGCAAGCUUUGAAGACUCAGUUCGAAAGAGAUAUUCAAGCCAAAGAAGAAAGCAACGAAGAGAAACGUAAAACCCUUCUCAAGCAACUACGCGACACUGAAGCAGAGUUGGAGGAUGAACGGAAAAAUAGAACGGCGGCCGUCAAUGCUCGCAAAAAGAUUGAGAGCGAUUACAACGAACUUCUUAGUCAGAUGGAGGCCAACAACAAGAUGAAGGAGGAUGCUCUCAAGCAAUUGAAAAAGAUUCAAGGCCAAAUCAAAGACUUCCAACGAGAUGCCGAAGAAGCCCGUCUUGGCCGAGAAGAAGCAAUUGCUGUCGCCAAAGAUGCCGAAAAACGCCUCAAGGGAAUUGAAACGGAUAUUUUCCAACUUCAAGAAGACCUCGCUGCUUCAGAAAGACAACGCCGAGCCGCAGAAGCUGAGAGGGACGAAUUGGCUGAAGAAGUUAGCAACGGCACGAACAGGGGAACACUUUUGGUGGACGAAAAACGUCGUCUUGAAGCUCGCAUUCAGAGUUUGGAAGAAGAGCUGGAGGAAGAACAAAGUAAUAACGAAAUGUUGCAAGAACGAGCAAGGAAAGCCGUCCUCUUAAACGAACAACUUGGUGCUGAGCUACAAGUAGAGAAGUCUACCAACCAAAAACUAGAAAAUGCUCGUGCGCUGCUGGAGAAGCAGAACAAGGAGCUCAAACAAAAAUUGACCGAGUUAGACACGAGCCAAAAGUUGAAGACUAAAGCGACAAUAACUAGUCUUGAAAAUAAAGUUCAACAAAUGGAAGAGCAAUUGGAACUGGAGGCCAAGGAGAGGUUAGCCCAGCAGAAGGUUGUUCGUCGGCAAGAUAAGAGGAUGAAGGAGCUCAGUCUUCAAAUGGAAGAUGAAAAGAGGAACUCGAGCAACAUGAAGGAACAAAUUGACAAGUCUAACGCUCGUGUGAAAGCCUUGAAACGGCAAUUGGACGAGACCGAGGAGGAAAUUUCUAGGGAAAAGGCGAUUAAACGUAAACUUCAAAGAGAUUUCGAUGACCUGACCGAGAGUUACGAGUCGCUCGCAAGGGAAAAUGGAACCCUCAAGAAUAAAAUACGACGUGGAACGGGAACGGGGUUGAGCCUAAAUUCUAGCCGUUUAUCCAAAAGAGGUUCAUUACCGAAUUCCGGUCCAGGAGAUGAUUCUGUAGCGUCUCAAGAAGAGUCCUUUGACGGUGAGGAUGAAAAAGCAUAGAGUCAAUCCAUGAAUCUAUGCAUAUUUUCAUAAAUCACUAAAAUGAACUCUUCCAACACGAACGAAGAGAAGGAAAAGUUAUUAUGAACCCAAUACGAUUAGAAUUUAAUUAUUGUGUAUGUGAGUAUGAAAAGUUAUAGUUUAGCAUUAUCUAUAUUGUCCUCGUCGUUGAAUUUACCUCUCAAUAAUUACUUUUCGUCAUGAUAAUUCUACUACUUUAGCUUGUCGGUUAUCAAGUACUUACAUAUGAUGAUAUGGGUUAUUUAUGGAAUAAUAAUAUAAUAUACGACGAAUAAACAGUGCCUUACCUCUUUGCUAAUGAUAGCUUAAUUUAGAAUGUAUCCUUUAGGCUAAUGAUACAUGUAUGUAGGCUCAAGAUAAUUAAUUUGUGCUUCAUUUAACUGACUAAAUAUAUUAUUUUAUCAAUUAAUCUGUCCAAUGACGUAAGAUAUGUAAGCUUUACGUAACAAUUAAAACAUGUGACAUUCCCCCCGUAGGAUUAUUUGAGUGAAAACAAUGAUGAAUGCAAACAAACAAUAAUCAUUAAUCAGGGUUGACCAUGAUUACUACUGCUACUAUAUACAUUCUGGCUACUUGUACUUUUCUCGUUUUUUUCUCAUAAAGUUUAAUAGAGUAUUAGUUUCGUAGUAUUAAUUAGCCCUCUGACCAUUAAUGAACCACAAGGCUGUAUUAUUUAAAAUUUAUAUUGUGUUUUCCAUUGUCAUCAUCACGUUGACAUCACGAUCGAGUUUGAUUUCUCUCUACAUGCAUAAUAAUUAUUAUUAUUUGAUACCAGUGAUUACAUGAAACCAUUCGGCCAUGCUUACCUACCUGUUUAGAAUUAUAUUUAAUUAUUAGUUAUCAGUUAGCGUUUUAUUUGAAAAAAAUUGUGCAAGGCCAUUAAUAACAAACAACUAAAUAGUACUCGACUAACUUUAAACAAAAACUGGAGUAAAAUAUUGUGAUUUGUAUCUAUAAAAUUAAUAACAGAUUUAUAUCAUUUAAAACUUGUUUGCCUACUUUAAUUUAAUUAUUUACAAAUUAUUUGCUGCCUCAUGAUUAUUCUGACUUGAUUCAUUUCCAUAAUUCACUUGGUUUAACUUGUUCUUCCAAAAUUAGAUAUUUCUGAGAAUAUUGUUGCGAAUGUUGUAUUAUCAAAGUAAAUUUUAUAAGAUUUACUUUACGUAUUAAACAUAAAAUAAAAACUUUUUUCUUUGGA